GAUUUAUAUAUACUUGUGGUGGAACGUUAAAAGGAUUGAAUGGAACUAUAGAAAGCCCAGGCUUCCCAUAUGGCUAUCCAAAUGGUGCAAAUUGCACAUGGGUAAUAGUAGGAGAAGAACAAAAUAGGAUCCAGAUUGCCUUUCAAUCAUUUGCUCUUGAAGAAGAAUAUGAUUAUUUAUCAUUAUAUGAUGGACAUCCUCACCCUACAAAUUUUAGAACAAGGUUAACAGGAUUUCAUCUUCCUCCCCCUGUCACAAGCACAGGGCCUGUAUUUUCAUUACGACUGACCAGUGACUUUGCAGUAAGCGCACAUGGCUUUAAAAUAUAUUAUGAAGAAUUACGGAGCAGUUCCUGUGGGAAUCCUGGAGUAGCACCAAAGGGUUUAUUGUCUGGAGCAAAGUUUGACAUUGGAGACAAAAUCCGAUAUAGUUGUGUAACGGGAUACAUUUUGGAUGGUCAUCCGCUGCUUACUUGUAUAGCAAAUUCAGCAAACACAGCAUCUUGGGACUUCCCUGUUCCUAUAUGCAGAGCUGAAGAUGCUUGUGGAGGCACUGUACAUGGAACCAGUGGAAUCAUCUCAAGCCCUGGAUUUCCUAAUGAAUACCACAACAAUGCUGACUGCACAUGGACAGUUGUCACAGAACCGGGAGACACCAUAUCACUGAUUUUUACAGAUUUUCAGACAGAGGACAAAUAUGAUUACUUGGAAAUUGAAGGAUCUGAGUCACAAAAAAUAUGGUGGGGAGCCUGUAGUGUGGAGUCGGAGUAUGUUAUAGAGUUCUCUGUAGAGUUCUCUCUGCUUAGUGCUGCAGAAAGAUCUCCAUUAUUAGGGGAAAGCCUGGUUAUGUGA